AAAACAUUUAUGUCAGCACAAGUAUAAAUCGACCUUCAACAUUAUUGCCUUUAUUGUUGCCUUGGUAGUUGCCCAUUGGCAAGUGAUAUCUGGAGUUAUUUGCAUCAGUUUAUUGUUAAUACCCAUCACAUUGGCGGAAGUUACCUGGGCGCGUUGGCACCCUGAAGAACUUUAUCGCUUAAGUCCUAGCAUUUUCUACCUGCGUCUACACUGCAUCGCAAAGAUCGAUCGCUUCAUAGCAUUGUACACCAAUGUUUCACGCAAAAUGGACAGUGUGUUUGAAACUUACUUAGGUCCAGAUGGUAUGCUUGCUGGUGUGGCGGGGGCGGUUAGUGAGCCAGAUGAUAUACCGAAAACAAAUUCAACAGUUUGGGUGCUUGGAAAACGCUACAAUGCUAUACAUGAAUUAGCGUUGAUACGAUCCGAUAUACAAUCGCGUCUAUGGUGCACUUAUAGACGCGGGUUCGUGCCUUUAGGUGAGCCGCAGUUAACUACAGACAAAGGAUGGGGGUGUAUGCUGCGUUGCGGUCAAAUGGUUUUGGCACAAGCGCUGAUAGAUUUGCAUUUGGGACGAGACUGGUUUUGGACACCAGAAACACGUGACUCAACUUAUUUGAAAAUUGUAAAUCGCUUCGAGGACUCACGUAAAAGCUACUUCUCAAUUCAUCAAAUUGCGUUGAUGGGUGAUUCUGAAGAUAAGAAAGUGGGACAGUGGUUUGGUCCUAAUACUGUGGCGCAGGUUAUAAAAAAACUUGUGCGUUAUGAUGAUUGGUGUUCAAUUGUUGUACAUGUAGCGAUGGACAAUAUAAUAGUCACCGAUGAUAUAUAUUCACUUUGCCUUGAAAAUCCUAAAAACGAUGAAACCUGGAAGCCUCUUUUACUUGUAAUACCUUUGCGUUUGGGUUUAAGUGAUAUCAAUCCAAUAUAUAUACCAGCAUUGAAACGCUGCUUUGAGCUAGUGGGAAGUUGUGGUAUGAUUGGUGGUAGACCAAAUCAAGCACUAUAUUUUCUUGGGUACGUAGACGACGAAGUGCUCUACCUUGACCCUCACACGACACAACGAUCUGGUUCUGUGGGGCAGAAAACUUCGCAGGACGAGUAUGAUUUUGAUGACACUUUUCAUCAAAAAUAUGCUGGACGUAUAAAUUUUCAACAAAUGGAUCCUUCUUUAGCUGUUUGUUUCCUUUGUAAAUCUCGUAUAAGUUUUGAAAUUUUAUUAGAGAAAUUGAAAAACGAAGUUCUAAGCGCUUGUACGCAACCACUGUUCGGAAUAACAAAAACUCGUUCACCGGAAUGGGUCUCGAUGACAGGUAUUGAGUCACAAUUUUUAACUACUACUUCUCGUAAUAAUAUCACAACACAUACAACAACUCCGACCUCAAUCGAUGCUACAAAUAGAAACACAACUUCAACACCAACGACAGAGGCAAUAGCUAAUAUUUUAUGCAAACGCACGAUUAGUUGUUGCGAUUCAGAAGAUUUCGAAAAUGUGAAUCACAUACACACAACGGGGCUUUCUGGUAAUUGCUGUGAUGCAGAUGCAGAGUCUGACGAAGACUUCGAAAUAAUAUCAUAGUUAAAUCCUUAAUACUUUUAUUUACGAAACGGAAACUCGGCAUAUACUCAAUACAAAAAAAUCACUUUAUAUAAGUUUAUUACAAAGUACAACAGGCUCGAAUAUUGUAUUUUUAUCAUAAGAUGAAAAUUUCGCACAUUUUUAGAGCCAUAUUUGAAGAUGGAUAAAUUGGUACCCCAUUGUAUGUCCCUUUUAAUGCGUUUGCCUAUAUCGUCGUAUGAAUGUCUAUUGUACUGUAAAACUCACAAACUGAAAUAUUUUUUGGAAUGUUGUUAUAAACAAUAAUAAUAUUAAAUUGUCAAAGUUAUAAACAUAAUUGACUAGCAACAUU